CUCCUCCAACAUCUCCCGUCACCGACUCGUCUCUGUCACGAUGAACACACACACUCUCCCCAGCCCCGCCGGACCCUCGGGACAAGCCCAAGCCCUGGUUAACCUUUGGCACUUGCCAACGUGUUCGAUCUGACCCCUUGACACUUGAAGACAGCCUUGAUGCCCAACCAGCUCCAAGCGUUUAUUCGUUUCCUUCCAGUUGACUUUGUCCGUCGUUUCUCGACUUGUCACAUCCGGCGAAUCAGUGUGAUGCUCAUCGGUGGAGGCGAACUUCCUCGAGCGUUUUAACCUAGGUACGAACUAGCCAGAUCAGCCAGUGCGCAGAUGCUGCCAUCACCUCACCUCAACAGCAGGCCACCGUCAUUUAUCCCAUGGCCAUGCCAAUGGACGACGAAAGCCUCAUCCGACUUGACUGGAGGAAACUGCCCUCCCCCACGACACCAUCAGCAGAAAGGGUCCAACCGAUCAAGCUUGGGCUACGAGCGGCCCGACGAGUGCGGGAACCGCUGUGGGAGGGGGGGAAUGGGGGGAGGACCAUCCAUCACCACGCCUGUCACCGGUUCAUUGGUUUGGCAGCUGCAUGAAGCCCGCAUAAUCGUCCCCAGCACGCGGUCUCUCUGCUCCUCCUUAUCCCCCCUUCCCCAUCUUGGCUCGCUCAGUCUCCAGCUUGAGGACAUACAUACACACACACAGUUUGGCACUCUACCUCUCCUCCGCAUUCGCUGCGCGAUGCUGCUCUUGCAUAUGCGCUCCCCGGCGUCGCCCUCUCGGAAUCCAUCACUGAAUCUCCAUCAGCCCGAAGGCGAGUUGUCAGCUGCACCGUCGACUCCCUCCUUCUCUUUCACCCUGCCAAUGGUCAAUGGCAGCCCAUGGCCAGCUCGCGAGGAGGUGGACAGCUCCGGGUUUAAAUACGCUUCGCGAGCCUUGAGCAUUUUGCCAUGCCAUGUCCGUCUGUCUUGUCUGCUUUUGUGCUUUACCAUGUUUACAUCUCCUCUCUCUCUCUCUCUCCGUACGAUUUCGGCCUCCCAGCUGCGUGAACCAUUGAUCAUCCACCUGUACUCUACACCUCCUUUUGUCACAUUCCGUCCUAGUCAGUCCUAGUCGUGUU